GGCCUACUAAAUCAGUUGUGUUCUCACUCCAGACGCGAGUGGACGUAUUUUGAUAUUUUUUUCCAAAUCGAUUCGAGGAAUAAGUCAAUCGAGUUUGUGCUUUUCUUGUUUUGAUUAAGACAAAAAUACGCGAUCGUAUACGGCAAACAAUUGUUUCGAUUAAAAUUGACAUACAAAACUGGUGGUGAUAACUGAAAGACAACAAACAUGAACAGAAAUAUCGAGACCCCCAUUUGUGACUUGGGUUUUUCUGACAAGCAAGAGGCUGUGCAACCCGAAGCUCUGAAAUUAGCCAGUCGCACUCGUAGGCGUUCAUCUGCAGCUUCAACUUGCUCUUUUAGCUCUGCUUGCUUCACUGCCAGUUCGGAUGAAGAUACCGUAAUUUCGCCACGCGAAAAGAAACAACGUAAUACCAAAGGAUUUACCGAUUUUUGUGUUAAGAAUGUCCUUAGUCAACAUGGCUUUGGCCGUCGGGAAAUUGAAAUUGCCGAACAAGAAAUGCCUGGCAUUAUGACUUUGAGGAAGAGAGCGCGCGAAGAUAAACCACUAAGAAAUGCCAAUAUUGUGUGCUGCACUCACAUCAACGCUCAGACGGCGGUGAUGGUGGAGGGUCUCAUUGAGCUGGGAGCCUCAGUGCGUUGGGCUUCUUGUAAUAUUUAUUCAACACAGAACGCUGUUGCCGCUGCCUUGGCCGAAGCUGGCAUUCCAGUAUUUGCUUGGCGUGGAGAAACCGAGGAAGAUUUCUGGUGGUGUUUAGACAAGUGUAUUAAUGCCCCUGGCUGGGCACCCAAUAUGAUUUUGGAUGAUGGUGGCGAUGCCACCCAUCUAAUGUGGAAAAAGUAUCCCGAAAUUUUCAAGGGAAUCAAGGGUAUUGUGGAAGAAAGUUUAACCGGAGUCCAUCGUCUCUAUCACAUGUCCAAGAAUGGCAAGCUAACAGUACCUGCUAUUAAUGUUAAUGAUUCGGUGACAAAGAUGAAAUUCGAUAACUUUUAUUGUGUUCAGGACUCCAUAUUGGAUAGCUUAAAACGUUCAACCGAUAUUAUGUUUGGCGGAAAACAAGUUGUGGUCUGUGGUUAUGGCGAUGUUGGAAAGGGGUGUGCCAAGAGUCUCAAAGCUCAAGGAUGUAUUGUUUAUGUGACGGAAAUUGAUCCUAUUUGUGCUCUGCAAGCCAGCAUGGAUGGUCAUCGUGUAGUCACCCUGAAUGAGGUCAUUCGCAAUGUGGAUAUAGUUGUGACAGCGACGGGAAAUAAGAACAUUGUUACUCGCGAACAUAUGAAUCGUAUGAAAAAUGGAUGUAUCGUUUGCAACAUGGGACAUUCAAAUUCGGAAAUCGAUGUGAAUAGUCUACAUACUCCCGAACUGACGUGGGAACGUGUGCGCUCCCAAGUUGAUCACAUUAUUUGGCCUGAUGGCAGAAUGAUCAUUUUGCUGGCCGAGGGAAGAUUGGUAAACAUGUCAUGCUCAACGAUUCCCUCAUUUGUUGUAUCCAUAACAGCUUCCACUCAAGCAUUAGCAUUGAUUGAACUCUACAACGCCAUACCAGGACGUUACAAGAACGAUGUUUAUCUGUUGCCAAAGAAAAUGGAUGAAUAUGUGGCCAGUUUGCAUUUGCCCACAUUUGAUGCCCAUCUAACGGAACUGACCGAUGAACAAGCCAAAUAUUUGGGUCUUAACAAGUCUGGACCAUUCAAACCAAAUUACUAUAGAUAUUAAUUGUAAUGAAAUCUAUUUGUUGUACUUAUUACUAUUAUUUUUAUUUUAAUUGUUAAUGUCUUUAUUUUCAAUGUAUAAUUUAGAAAAUGUUAAACAGUAUUUAAAAUA